CAACCAGAACCGCAGCAUGGAGGCGCACAAUAUCCUCAGAUGUGACGUGCAGCCUCUGCUGGGGUGGGGUGAGGUGAGAGGCAGAACAGGCCUCGCUGCUGUCUAAGCCCUGCACAGCAAUAACAAAAACAUCCCCGUGUUACCAACACAAAUCCACAACACCGGCUGCUGGGGCAAAAAUUAACCCUACCCCGGCCAAAACCAGCAUGUUCUACAGCAAACGAGGAUUCAGCGUCAGAUCCUUUGGCACAGGGACUCACGUGAAACUGCCAGGACCAGCCCCGGACAAGCCAAAUGUUUAUGACUUCAAAACAACAUAUGAUCAGAUGUACAAUGAUCUGCUUAGGAAAGACAAAGAACUAUACACACAGAACGGAAUUUUACACAUGUUGGACAGAAAUAAGAGAAUCAAACCACGGCCAGAAAGAUUCCAGAACUGCAAAGAUGUUUUUGAUUUGAUCCUAACGUGUGAAGAAAGAGUCUAUGAUCAAGUAGUAGAAGAUUUAAAUUCCAGAGAGCAGGAGACGUGUCAGCCCGUGCACGUGAUCAACGUGGACAUCCAGGAUAACCACGAGGAGGCCACGCUGGGUGCUUUCCUUAUCUGUGAGCUCUGCCAGUGUAUACAGCACACAGAAGACAUGGAAAAUGAAAUAGAUGAGCUGUUACAGGAAUUUGAAGAGAAAAGUGGAAGGACUUUUCUUCAUACGGUCUGCUUUUAUUAAAGCACAUCUGUCUCUUAGGCCUUAACACAGAUGAGGGAAGCAUGUGUUUAAAGUUCUGAUUAUACUGUAUUUUCCUG